AUGGACGGCCAGGACGGCGGUAGGCACAACGGUGCCGACGGCGACGGCGGGAGCUACGGCCAUGACGGUGCGUACGGCGACGGCGGCCGUACCCGGGAUUUCCUAUCCCCGCAGGUGGCCUUUCCUCCCGGCUUUCCCUACAACCCCGUCUACCCCCCCCCCCCCCCCCCCGCGUAUGGCAUGGCGUCGUCGAGCAGUCUUCAACCAAGUCGCCUCGACUUCGAUGCGCUCGACCUCAACUCGGCAUCGGAGUGGUCAGACACCUCAGGAUUCGGAGAUCUCGUUCGUCCUGGGGGAGCGGCCGUGAGGCAGGGCCCGCCUCCCGUACGCGUACCCGCACGCAGCGGGAGGGGUACCCUCGGGUUGCGUGGCCCGCGCGGCGGCCGAGGACUCAGCGGACCUGCGUUCCUGGGUGGCGGAUCUGCACACGUCGGCGGCGGAUCUGCGUUCGGGGACGCAAGUUGUGCUGCCGUGGCCGGCGGAUCUGCAUUCAUGGGCGGCCACCCUGCGGCAAUGCCUGGCGGAUAUGUGCCCUACGGCGGCACAUCGGCGUUCCACGGCGGCCCAUCGGCGUUCCAGGGCGGCGCAUCAGCAUUCCACGGCGGCGCAGCAGCGUUCCAGGGCGACGCGUCAGCGUUCCACGGCGGCUACGUGUCCCCUACACCCAACCCGGGUGGAUCUGCAAGGGGACCAGCUCGCAGAGGCAGGCGUCGCAAUGCCCGUCGCCGAGUUGGGUGUCCACCAUUCCGUUCAUUUCGUGCCGUUGUUACCAGUCGUUUAGGAGGACACCGAUAG